AUGUCCUUGUUACUAGCUCCUGCUGCUGCUCCCGCUCGCCGUAUUGACUACAGCAAAUGGGACCACUUGCAUUCCAGCAGCGAUGAGGAGGAGGAGGAGCAGGAGAAGCGGAAGAAACAAGGAGAAGAAGGAGGUAGAAGCAAUGGUGGCGGGAAGGGCAAGGCCCAGAUUCUUGCUGCUGCCAAGGCCGGCGCGUUCGUUCCUCAGCUUGUUGGACCGCCAUGGGGUGGGCUGACGCUUGAAAAGGUUCGAGGGCCCAAGCCACCAUCCCAAGAGAAGCCGUGCAGAGUGGGAGAUGUGGAAGAACGGAAAGGAGAGGGGCCAGAGAGGCCAGGAGCUGAGGAAGACUCGGAGAAGCUGCAGCUGCUGUGUCGGGACGACAUGGUUCACUACCUGGAUGUGAGGGACGCGUGGGGCGUGGCAGUGUGCGAGUGCUGCUUCCACCGCGCUGUCAGCCAGCGCACCCAGCACGCCCUCGUCAUGACCACCCUCAAAGCCUUCCGCUCCCACGUGCAGUCGCCACAGCCUGCGUCCAUCCCGCUCGCUCCCAACCGCCAGGCCCGGGGUACUUACGAAUAUUCAUUGAAGGUUCCCCUGCCGGAGGCUGUGGCGCAGCUCAAUGUGGCAGCUGACGUGCACGUUGAAAUGAAGGGCGAGAUGGCCGCUCUCAUCUGUGCGGAGGCCAUGCUGCUCGAGUGGAUGGCUGAGCCGCGUGUGGGCGUGCUGAUGGACCUGGGCACGAUCAGAUCCCGCCUGCCUGCCAUCAUGGCUGCUACACAUUGCCCAGCUGCUAAAGCUUCGCCUGCCGCUGCUCCUCCUGACGCCCUGCCGGGCGUGGGAGCAACAGCACCAGCAGCACCCCCAGCAGUGGCAGCGGCAUUUGCCAGCACUCUUGUGAACACAAACCCUGUAGUUGCAGUGUUCACGUAUCGUGCUGCCUGCAUUCUGCAGUGGGCGCGCACCUAUGGCGCACAACUCGUCCCCGCUACUCAGUGCUGCAAGGACAGCCCCCACGGGAAGGUCCGCCCCAUCCGCCACCCGCUUCGGGACCUUCCAAGCCUGCUGGUCAGGCUCGGUGCCAUCCCCAAACCGCUGGACCAAGGUAGGUUCCCCUUGGAGUGGGAAGAGUGGCCUCGUGGAGAUGAAGCUGCCGCAACGCUUCCUCAUGACCCCCGUGCAAGAUUCUUCCACCUGGGAAUUGUGGAGGAAGCGAAUGGGACAGCAAGGGAGAAGGGCGGACAGGGGUCAAAUGCAGGAGGCAAGAUUGGGACCGCGAGGGGGAAAGGAAGAGACAAAGGGAAGGGCAAGCGGGAGGGAAGGAGCAGAGUGCAUGGGGACGACGAGAGGAGUGAAGACGAGAGGCUGCUACAGCAGGUGCUCACGGAACUGCUGCCGCUCGUGCAGAGGAAGUUCCCCAUCGUGCGCUGCACUGCCGAUGCGGAGUUCAUAGUGGAGUUUGCCGGGCAUGUGGUGCAGCCUCCUGCAUGCGCUCAGUGCAAGCAGUGCCUUGCUGUCUACAGCCGUCGCAUGCCCUUCCUCAUGGUCGUCACCAACUACGCCUACCGACCUGCCACCACCCUUUUCAACCGCUUUGUAUCCAUCUUCCCGCCACUCUCUCCCGAAUUUGAGCGGCUCACUGUUAGUUUGGGUCUGCCGGCUUUCCCUGCCAGCAUGCCGGGCUUUCUAAGGUCGCCUGUCGUGCAGGCACGGGCAGAGAAGUUUCCUGUGUACUUCCUGUUGACUGUGGCUCUGAACUGUCCUCUCCCCAUCCUGGGAAUCACGGACCUCAUGUUCCUACACAGGCUGCGAGACGGAGAGGAAGAGGACGGCAGGUUGUGGGAGGAGGUGCAGAUGUGGUGCCUGGCGAUGCUGUUUGCGUGGACGGGCGGCAUGAAGCUCGAGGCCGAGGCGCUGACUGACACGUGCAAGGGCAGACAGGGGCUGUCCUCCGCGCAUGGACCGGAGGAACGAUUUUUUGCAACUGAGAAGGGGCAAGAGUUGUUCAGAAGGGCUACCAUACCCAGGUUCUGUGAAGACAUGCAGGAUGAGAAUGGGCCUUCUGAAGGUGCCCGUAGCAGCAACAAUCGCAGCGGCAGCUGCGGGAGCAACAGCUCAAGUGACAGACGAGGCAGAAAGAGCGGGAUCCAGGGGAGUGGGGGGGUUGAUGGGAUGGGCGAUGAGGGGGGGGAACCGGCUUACCUGAAGGCAUGGCCAGGAGGAGUCAAUUUGGUGGCAUGUCUGCGAGAGAUGCUGCUGGGGGUGCCGUGCUACCGCCCUGCCCCCCCUGCUGCCCCUUCCACCCCUGCUGGUGGGAAGCAUGUGUGCGGUGCUGUGGGGUGUGGAAGGGUGGAGGGUGGCGGUGUGAAGCUGAGGAGCUGCAGUGGGUGUGGCAAGGUGGCGUAUUGCAGCAGAGAGUGCCAAAAGGCGCACUGGCCCUCCCACAAGCUCACAUGCCCCGGCAGGACAAGCGGCAGGGAUGGUGGCAGCAGCAGCGGAAAGGUGAGGGCAAGGGGAUUGGCAAGGCGAGUGGCAAGGGGAGUGGUACAGUGA